AUGUCCACUUCUCUCAAACAGCAAUACGACGAGCAGGGGUUCGUGAUCGUCCCCAACCUCAUCCCGCCCGCGCAGUUCGCAGCCCUCGAGAGCGCGUCCGAGCGCGUCAUCACGCGCACGCGCACCGGCCAGUGGCCGCACCGCCGCACCGUCGGGGCGCAGUUCCCCCCGUACGGGGACGGGGACCCCGACUCGUGGGGCGUGCAGCAUGUUAUGCACCCCGACCUGGGCGAGCCGGCGUUCGCCAGGUGGUAUACGUCUGACGCGCUGGUGGGCGUUGUGAGGGAGCUGCUGGGGUGUGGGGAGGAGGAUCUGCAGAUGGAGUUGUUCAAUAUGUUGAUAAACCCGACGUCGAACUCGUUCGCGCUGCGAUGGCAUCGUGAUGAUGUGCGGGAGAACGCCACCGAGGACGAGGAGCGUGAAGCUCUGAGUAUAUGGCACCACGGCACGCAAUGGAACACCGCCCUCCGCGAAGACUCCUGCCUCUACGUCGUCCCCGGGUCCCACAAAGUCCCCCGCACACCCGCACAGCGCGCCCUCUCCUCCACGCUCGACCCGCCGACCGACCCGCUCACGAUGCCCGGCGCCAUCCGCGUCGCGCUCCGCCCCGGGGAGACCGUGUUCUACAACAACAACAUCCUGCACUGCGCGGCGUACGACGCGGCCGCGCCGCGCAUCACGCUGCACGCGUGCAUGGGCGAGGCGCGUGGGGGCCCUGCGCGCGCGCGGAACAUCCUGCAGCACGGGCUGCGGUGGAUGAAGGAGCCGCCGUUCGCGGACACGCUGGAUGCGCGUGGACGGGCGAUGUUGGAGCGGAUCGUGCGGCUGCAGGAGAGCGUGGGUGGGGAGGUUGGGUACUCUCUUGCAAACUGAGCGGGGCUGCGGUUACUUGCAAUUGGCAUGCGGGGGGACGGUUUCCUCUAGUGAGUAUGAUAUGUGCUCGCCAGCAGCUCGUGAAACAUCCGGAGUCAAGGGUGCAAAAAGUGCUCGGAAUGAGGAUCGAAC